AUGCUCAAGUCCCUCUAUUGCAUAGGAGUCGUGUCAUUAUAUUAUGUCAUACAAGGAUUGGACAUAAGCAGAUAUCAACAAACAUUAACAGACCAUGCCAUCCACUGUUUUGACAGAAAUGAGGGCCUCAAAUCCACAUCUCUGCCUGAAACUGACAACUGGAACUGGGUUCUAGAGACAAAUCAAUUUGUGCCAAAUCAGUAUCAAAGAACGCCUUAUAUAUCGAACGGAUAUAUCGGUCAACGUUUGCCGGCAGAAGGAGUGGGAUACUGGAUUGACAUCGAUAAAGAUGGGGAAUAUGUGAGGAACUCAUGGCCAUUGGAUCAGCCUAGAGCAACAUUUGGUACAGUUGCAGGAUUCUGGAAUCUACAAUCACGAAUGAAGCACGUGCUUCUACCGGACAACCUCAAAAAGGGAGGAGAAUCAGUCCUUAGUGGAAUUCCAGACUGGACUGGCUUGAUCUUGACUACAAGAGAUGGACACGCUUAUAGACCGGGGGUUGAUAAGAAGACUGUGGUAGGAUUUCAACAGUCUCUCUCUGUCCGAAAUGGACUUGUCCACACCAAUGUGACAUGGUCACCGACUCAUGGUCUGGAGUAUCAGCUGAAUUUCACAGUGCUAGCCCAUCGCGCUCGCCCGAAUGUUGGCAUUGUACGGUUGGACCUGUCCGCUAAUAAGGAGGUAAAUUGCUCUAUUAUCGAUAUUUUGGAUGGGGCUGGGGCGGUUCGUGCGCAGUUCAAUGAUAAGGCGUUUGAGACGGCAGAUAAUGCCAUUUGGACCAGUGUAAAACCACGUGGAAUCAAUUACAAGACUGCUCAUAUCUACUCCACGGUAACUUACGAGUCUUCAGAUGAAGGAAUGUUGAAAAAUAUUGAACAGACAAGAAAAGACGCGACUUUUUCUCCUUGGGCGUCUCAAAACGCUAGCACCGUUGCUCAAAGCUGGGAUAUACUUCUCAAGAAUGAGCAAUCCGUCACGUUUUACAAGUAUGUGGGUAUAGCAUCAGAUGAUGCGUUCCCUCAUGCUGCCCAUAAAACGGCAAUUCGGAGCGCUCUAGAAGCAAAGGCUACGGGUUGGCAUUCUCUACUUGAAGAGCACGAAUCAGCCUGGAGCCAAGUUUGGGAUUCCGCCGACAUCAUCAUCCCAGGAGACACUAAACUUCAAACUACCGUCCGAGCAUCACUCUUUCACAUACUUACCAACCUCAGGUCAGAAAGUGAAGACAAGAGGGGUAUGUCAGACAACUCUAUUACUGUUGGGGGUCUGUCUAGCGAUUCGUAUGCCGGCUUGGUUUUCUGGGAUGCAGAUACAUGGGUAUACCCGAGCAUGCUAGCCUUGCACCGCGGGUAUGCAUCAACUAUUAACAACUACCGAGGCCGUCUCCUACCACAAGCAAUUAAGAAUGCGCAAUUUUAUAAUUAUUCGGGCGCUCUUUACCCCUGGACAAGCGGCCGUUUUGGUAACUGUACAGGAACGGGUGUCUGUAAAGAUUACCAAUAUCAUCUCAACACGGACAUUGCUUUAGCUCAUUGGCAAUAUUUUCAAAGUACUCACGAUACUGCUUGGUUACGUAACAAGGGUUGGCCAGUUAUCAAGAAUGUGGCUGAUAUGUUUGCUGCCUAUGUUGUGCUCAAUGAAACCACGCAAGAAUAUAAAACUAUUCUCCUAGGGGAACCGGAUGAGUUUGCGUAUUUUAAGAACAAUGGAGCGUAUACCAACGCUGGGAUUAAAAGGCUACUGGGUGAUAUUGCCCCUGCAGCUGCAAAAACUCUCAAUCAUAAAAUCCCUCGAAAUUGGUCUAGAAUCGCGGAGAAAAUUAGAAUACCCAUUGAUGAUAAAAGCAAUAUUACUCUUGGUUUUGAUGGAAUGCAGGGAGAUUGGAAAGUAAAACAGGCCAGCGUUGCUCUCCUGAAUUACCCUCUUCAAUACCAGAUUAGUGAGGAUCAUACGCGAAACGAUAUGGCAUAUUAUUCUUUGAUCAAUACUGCCGAUGGUCCUGCUAUGACAUGGUCCAUAUUCGCCAUCUCCGAGGCUCAAUUGCAAGAAAGUGGUUGUGCAGCAUAUACGUAUCUUCUUCGCAGUGGAGAGCCUUACUUUCGCCAACCAUUCUACCAAUUCAGUGAAACUGCAGUUGAUAACUACGAAAAUUCAGACGACUUCAACCCAGCUUUUCCUUUCGGACUAUACCCUGCAUUCCCAUUUCUCACCGGCGCCGGGGGAUAUCUACAGGUAUUCACACAUGGGUUAACAGGAAUGCGGCCGCAUCUCGAUUACCUGUUUUUUGAUCCAACUCUACCACCGCAGAUUCCUGAGGGGAUCAUCGUCAAAGGGAUUAAGUGGCAGGGAGCAAGUUUUGAUAUAUCUAUUCAAUUGGAUUAUACAACUAUUGGAAGACGAAAGCUCUCUGUCUCUGCCGACAAGGUUCCCGCAGCUAUACGAAUUGGAAAGCAGAACCUUUCUCAUGGAGACUAUAAAUUGCUUCCUGGAGAAAUUCUAACUAUACCAACACGGCGACCAGAUCGAAACAAUCUCCACAACGGGAAUAUCAAUCUUGCUUUAUGCAAGCCGAUCGAUGCCAAUACUGGUCUUAUGGGAUCUGCAGAACAGAGCUGGGUCUUUGGUCGCUACCCUUCAAGUGCAGUAGAUGGCUCUAAUGCCACUGUUUGGCAGCCGUUGAGUCCUGAACCGGCAUCGAUCAGCGUAGCCCUAGAACAAAGGGUCAACGUCUCCCAGAUAAUCAUCAACUGGGGUUCCACGCCGGCGUAUGGUUUUACAAUCCAUGGUCAUAAAGGCGAAACAGAUAUGACGACAACCUCGAUUCUCUACCAUACCAGUAAGGUCGAGAUAUCUGCACCUUAUAAUUCUAGUGAUGUGUACGAGGUAAAGAUCAGAGAAGGGAAUACCACCAUUGUGCAGUUACCCAGCAUAUUUGAAGCCACAAGCAUCAGUCUGACAAUUGAGGGAACUCAAGGCGAGGAGCAGAGGCUUGGAGCAACGGUGGCUGAGAUGGUAAUCCUUUAG